CGUGGCAAGUGCGUGCUCCACACAUAAAGUGCUUCCUCUACCUUACCUUCAGCCCCUCCUUCUAUUUCCAAUUAAUUCAACAUUGGAUCGACGGAGAUGGACCAGAGCUUCACCGACUCCUCCGGUGCCUUCAGCGACUGUCCCAGCGAUCGUUCCGGCGAGUUCUCCCCUGCCGAGCCAUCCACCUCCUCUUCAUCCGCCGGAGCCGGCCUCCACCGCCUCCUUGUCUCCUCCACCGCAUCUUGCUCGGACGAUGUCGUGCGGGACCUCAUCUCUGAGAUCGAGUCCACCACCGCGGCUUCCGAGACCCAGCGCCGCGCCGCCAUGGAGCUCCGCCUCCUCGCGAAGCACAGCCCGGAGAACCGGCUCCGAAUCGCCGAGGCCGGCGCAAUCGGCCCCCUCGUCGCGCUGAUGUCACAUCCGGAUUCGCAGCUGCAGGAGCAAGGUGUCACCGCCAUCCUAAACCUAUCGCUCUGCGAGGAGAACAAAGGUCGGAUCGCGGAUGCAGGCGCCAUCCGACCGCUCGUCCGGGCACUCCGAAGCGGCACCCCUGUCGCCCGGGAGAACGCCGCUUGCACCUUCUUCCGCCUCGCCCAGAUGGACGAACUCCGCGCCGCGAUCGGCCGCUCCGGCGCCAUCCCGCCUCUCGUGGCCCUCCUUGAAUCCGGCGGCAUCCGCGGGAAGAAGGACGCCGCCACCGCCCUCUUCGAGCUGCUGUCUUCCCGAGAGAACAAGGUCCGGGCCGUGGAGGCCGGCAUCGCCCGCACGCUUCUCGACCUGAUCGCGGACUCGGAAUCGGGCAUGGUGGACAAGGCGGCGUACGUGCUGCACUCGGUGGUGGAGGUGGCGGAGGGGCGGGCGGCGGCGGUGGAGGAGGACGGCGUUCCGGUGCUGGUGGAGUUGAUGGAGGCAGGCACCCCUCGGCAGAAGGAAAUCGCCGUUCGUUCGCUCUACGAGAUCUGCAGCGAGAGCGCCGCGUACCGGAAGAAGGUCGUCCACGAGGGCGCCAUUCCCGCUCUCAUCUCCAUCUCCCAGUCCAAAACCAACAAGGCCAAAAAGAAGGCGGAGGCGUUGAUAGCGCUCCUCAGGCAAACAAACAACCGGCAGCAGCAGCAGCAGCUGAAAUGAACAUCUGCCGCGAACCCGACCAUCCAUGUGAAAUCACUGUGAGUGGGUGUGGCUACAUUUUUACAGAUCGAAACUGGAAAAUGAAACUCACUGUGCCUGAUUGGAUGGAUGCCAUGGCUUUUUGUCCUCGGAGGAUCCAAUUGGAGUCCUCUAUCGCUUCACUUUGUCGUGAUCCUCUCGUCUCUGACGAUAUGCCAUUUUUUUUGCCCCUAUA